AUGCCCAACAAUGCCCCUAUUGCCACGACACAGGAAGUAUGCUAUCUCAUACAUAACCUUGAUCCAAACGUCGUUAACAACGAGACUCAGGCACGACAGCUAUCCACGCUCAGCUCUCAUGCAAAAUCGUCUGCCCCAUUUUUCGGUGACGUUCACGCGCGCCCAGAGUAUGGCAUGGAAUUAUCUUUCGACGCAAUGGUGAAUGACGAGGAUAUCUUUGGCCAAUUCAUGGAUGUGUCUGAUGCUGGCGACCCCUUCUAUCUCGACUCAGCUCCUUUCCACCCUGCACAACACGUGCCAAACAAUGACGGCGACUUUUCCAGCAGUGCUUGUGUCACGACAUCGUCACCGGUGGACACUGCGUGCCAUUUCAAGUCACCCUAUCUAUGGCUUCGAGACUGGUCGCUGUCCUAUGCAAAGGAUGAUAGUAGGCACACGAAGCUGGUGCGAGUGAGAGCUUUCGUCCUCCCUAGCGCUGACGAGAUUCAAACCUCGAUUAUGCUAUACUUCACACACAUGCAAGCCAGGCUCCCGGUUCUCAACGAACGCGAAUUUCAUCAACUCCUCACUGAAGAAGAUCCCAAGCCUAUCAGUUUGGCACUCUUGUAUGCCGUUCUUUUCGUCACCACCCCAUAUUUAGCAGCCGAGGGGAAGAGAGUGGCUGGGUACAACACCACCUUUGCCGCAACGUGCGAGUUUUACUCCAGAGCCGCCCUACUAUUAAAGCUUGGAUGCGAAGAUGACCCGUUGAGAAGGGUGCAGAUAUGCUUGCUUCUAAGCACCUAUCGAUCUUAUGAAAAUCGUUACUACGAGAAUGAACGCUAUGUGACAACCGCUUACGACCUCCUGGUCGAAAACGAUGCUUUUCAACAGAGUUCGACUCCUUCCAAUCCAGAUCAGCUCGCCUGGAAGCGAGCGUGCAUUUGUUUUCUGUCUCGGGCUAUCUGUUUACUGAUCGCUCUCAAGAAAACGAGUAGGCCAGAAAUGUUCGACUCGUCACUCCCCUUCUGCCCCAAGAUCUCCGUGGACGAUUUCCAGGAAGACUGCAGUUUUUCGUGGUACCUCAGCAAGGAGACCAAGCAACAAACCUAUCGACUGUUCGUGGCCAUCUUCCAACUUCAGAUGCGCGCGGCUGAACUUGGCAAGUUGCUGGUGUACCGGACCGCACUAUACACUCCAAACCAAACGCACAGCCAGCCUGCGCCAUCUACACCCGAGUAUUUAUCUGUUGAAAACGUCGAGCUCAAAAUAGAUGAGUGGAGGCAGGACAACAGACAGCUACUGGAUUAUGAGCCACCCGACUCAUCCUCUUCGACAGACUUCAAAGCCUUCAAGAUAGCACAUGCUUACACGAUGCUCUCCUACGAGUCGGAAUUAUACCAAGCCACCUUGAUUGUGGAUAAGGAUGGUCUUACUUCGUGGGCAAUGAGACUUCGCGAGGCCUCUCGCAUGGCGCUUCGUGAGUCCGUGGCUGCAACUGUCGCUAUCUUGGAAAGCCUAGAGGCUCAUGCUCUCUGCGCCUUUCUCCCUCCAGGAAGGUACGCGCUCCAAUCUGCUACAUCCGAAGAUGUUUCCCACAUUGUGACCCAACUAAUGGGCAGCUAG